AUGGGUACUCAUAAAGAAUUGGAUUCUUUAAAACUCCAAUUACUUAAAGAUUUUUUGUUAAAUAAAAAUAAACUUAGUUCUUACAUUGUACAAGGAUUUCCUACGCAUAAAAGAACACUUUUCGAUAUUAUUACAUCGACUUUAAAUGAUGAAAACGAUGACGACGAUGAAAUGAAUGUGUUUAUUAGAUUUGAGAGACAAGUUAGAAGUAAAAUAAAAAACUUUACCGAAGUAACUGUAUUGGACAUGACAGACAAGGACUUCAAAAUUCAUUUUCGUUUGACAAGAGAGAGUAUUGAGAUUUUAAUUUUCAAUUUGGGUCCUUUAUUGUCAAAUUCAAAGUUCAAGUGUUCCAUUGAAAAACAAAUACUGGUGUUUACAUGGUAUAUGGCUAAUUGUGAAACACAUCGACAAAUAGCAAAUCGAUUUAAUCUAUCUGAUAGCACCAGUCAUGGGAUUAUUAUAAAUUGUUUGCUACAAAUAAAUACCCUUAAUAGAGUUUUUAUACAAUGGCCAAGCGGUCAAAGGGCAAUAGAAACUGUGGAAAAAUUCAAUGCCUUAAGGCAAACUUCUUUUCCAAAUGUUAUUGGAGCUGUUGAUGGCUGCCAUAUUGCCAUAUUAGCACCUUGGGAGAAGAGAAGUGUGAUGCCAAAAUUAGAUAGGAAUAUGUUUUACAACCGUAAACAAGUUCCAUCAGUAUUGCUUCAGGUAAUCGUAAAUGCAGACCAAAUCUUCAUAGAGUGUUUUGAAAAAGCACAAUAG